AUGAAGUCACGCGCGGGCACGCCGCCGGUCCUGUACACGUACGCGUCGAUGCAGCAGCGGAGCGGCGGCGGCGUGAGGUGGCGCGAGUGCGUUGCCGUGCUGGGCGCCACCGCCUUGGUGGUGCUCGUGGUCACCCAUGCGCUCCUCCCAGGGGCCAGGUUGGGGGACCUGGGCGACGUGGUCAGCCCGGUGCUCCGUCUCCGGAGAGCCAGGCGGGAGGAGGCGGCCGUGCCGUCGUCGGAGAAGACGGUGGGCGAUAAGGCCGAUGGCUUCCCGUGGAGCAACGCCAUGCUGCAGUGGCAGCGCACCGGGUACCAUUUCCAGCCGGAGAAGAACUACAUGAACGAAACUGACUACCUUUUGCUUACGUACUCCGGCGACAUGCAUGCAUGUAUGCAUGCAGAUCCAAACGCUCCAAUGUACUACCGUGGAUGGUACCACUUCUUCUACCAGUACAACCCAGAGGGCAUCACGUGGGGCAACAUCUCGUGGGGCCACGCCGUGUCGCGGGACAUGGUCCACUGGCACCACCUACCCCUCGCCAUGGUGCCCGACCGAUGGUACGACAUCAACGGCGUUCUGACGGGCUCCGCCACCAUACUUCCCGAUGGCAAGGUCGUCCUGCUCUACACGGGGAACACCGACACCCUCGCCCAGGUACAGUGCCUUGCCGUACCUGUUGACCCUCAUGAUCCUCUCCUUCGUACUUGGACCAAGCACCCUGCCAACCCUGUGCUCCUUCCGCCCCCCGGGACCAGCAAAAAGGACUUCCGCGACCCCAUGACAGCAUGGUUCGAUAAGUCCGACAACACGUGGCGCACCAUGAUCGGGUCCAAGGAUGACAACGGGCAUGCUGGCGUCGCCCUCAUGUACAUGACAAAAGACUUCGUCAAGUUCGAGCUCAUCCCGCGCCCGGUCCACCGCGUCGAGGGCACCGGCAUGUGGGAGUGUGUCGACUUCUACCCUGUUGGGGGCAACAGCAACUCAUCACAGGAAGAGUUGUAUGUCCUGAAGGCGAGCAUGGACGAUGAACGACAUGACUACUACGCAUUGGGAAAGUAUGAUGCGGUGACCAACACAUGGACACCGCUGGACCCGGAGGCAGAUGUGGGAAUCGGACUGAGGUACAAUUGGGGAAAGUUCUUUGCGUCCACGACAUUCUAUGAUCCGGCAAAACGGCGACGUGUGAUGUGGGCGUAUGUUGGUGAGACAGACUCCAACCGGACCGACCUCGCCAAGGGAUGGGCAAACCUCCAGGCGAUUCCGAGGACGGUGGCGCUGGACGAGAAGACCCGGACGAAUCUCCUCCAAUGGCCGGUGGAGGAGAUCGAGACCCUCCGUCACAACACCACUGACCUCAGUGGCAUCACCAUUGGCACUGGUUCCAUCACCGCCCUACAUCUCCGCCAAGCCGCUCAGCUCGACAUAGAGGCCUCGUUCCGCCUCAACACUUCUGACAUCGCAGCCCACAACGAGGCCGACAUCGGCUACAACUGCAGCACUAGCGGUGGUGCCACCAACCGGGGUGCACUCGGCCCCUUUGGCCUCCUCCUCACCAACGGCCACAGUGAACAAAUGGCAAUGUACUUCUACGUGUCUAGGAGGCUCGACGGGGGCCUCCGGACCCACUUCUGCCAUGACGAGUCGCAGUCAUCGCUGGCCAGGAAUGUUGUGAAGCGGGUGGUGGGCAGCACCGUUCCGGUGCUCAACGGAGAGGCAUUAUCCGCCAGGAUUCUUGUGGAUCAUUCCAUUGUGGAGAGCUUCGUUAUGGGUGGGAGAUUGACGGUGACGUCACGGGUGUACCCGACUGAGGCCAUCUAUGAGGCGGCAGGGGUGUACGUUUUCAACAAUGCUACCGGCUCCACUGUCAUCGUCGAUAAGCUCGUGGUGCAUGAGAUGCAUUCAACACCGAUACAACUAGAUCUUUUUGCACGAGAUUAA